AUGGAUCGAUGUCGUCAUCGACUUGUGUUUGCGAGUGUGCUGUUGCUGGUUUGUAAGGCGGCCAUGGCAGCACCUUCAUGCGGAACGGUGAGCACGGCUGUGGAGCCAUGCCUCCCAUUCCUGAAAGGAGAGGCGAAUGCGGCAGGGCCACCAUCCGAGGCUUGCUGUUUGGGUACUGGGCAGGUAAACGAGUUGGCAAAAUCAAAUGACGAUAAGGUGGCUAUCUGCAACUGCGCAAAGGACGCACUGCUUCAAUUUGGCGAUUACCUUCCCUCUCGCAUCCCCCUCAUUCCCCUCCAGUGUGGGCUGCCCUUUAAUCUGCCUCCAAUUGAUAAAGAUUUUGACUGUUCCACGAUUUCAUCGAUAUGGAAGCCAGAGUUUUAA